GAGCUCCGCGCGCCACUAGCUCGCGGAGAGGGAGGGGAAAGCAGCGAGUUCCGGAGCUCUGUCUCGCCUAGCCCAACCUUAGCUCCAGAGAUCAUGGCUGCCGAGGAUGUGGUAGCGACGGGCGCCGAUCUGAACGAACUGGAAGGCGGCGGGUUGCUGCACGAGAUUUUCACGUCGCCGCUCAACCUGCUGCUGCUUGGCCUCUGCAUCUUCCUGCUCUACAAGAUCGUGCGCGGGGACCAGCCCGGGAACAGCGACGGCGACGACGACGAGCCGCCCCCGCUGCCCCGCCUUAAGCGGCGCGACUUCACCCCUGCUGAGCUGCGGCGUUUCGACGGCGUCCAGGACCCGCGUAUACUCAUGGCCAUCAAUGGCAAGGUGUUCGACGUGACCAAGGGCCGCAAGUUCUAUGGACCCGAGGGGCCAUAUGGGGUCUUUGCCGGAAGAGACGCUUCCAGGGGCCUUGCCACGUUUUGCCUGGAUAAGGAAGCCCUGAAGGAUGAGUAUGAUGACCUGUCUGACCUCAAUGCUGCCCAGCGGGAGACCCUGAGUGACUGGGACUCGCAGUUCACUUUCAAGUAUCACCUUGUGGGCAAACUGCUGAAGGAGGGAGAGGAGCCCACGGUGUACUCAGACGAUGAAGAACCGAAGGAUGAGAAUGCUCGCAAAAACGACUAAGGGC